UUUGCCACUCCCACUUAUCGAUGUUCCCACGUUCACUCGACUCGACAAGUCAACGAAAAGUAAAGUAAGUUUGUUUUUGUUUUGAGGAACUUUGAGCCGGGAGCUGGUAAAUUAAGACUCAUCCACGCAUGAUAAACCGGCGGCUUCCCUUCAGGGCCAACACUUCAAGCAACUAAUUACCCAAGCCUUCUACAAUAUUGAUACACUUCAUUAUGAGGUUUCUUCUAUCCUUGUCUGCAUUGGUGUUCUCUCUGAUGACCUUGAGCCAUUGUGAAGGUCAACUUGAUAGUAGUAAUAGGGAAGAUGAUAACACUGUGGAUGGAGUCUCAGGAAGCAAAGAAUCGGCGGUUGGGUCCAAACUAGAAUGGGAUCCUAAUGGAUACUUUACAUUUUGUCCCUGCAUGGGGAGGUUUGGAAACCAAGCAGAACACUAUCUGGGAGCCUUAGCCUUUGGUAAAGCAAUGAAUAGAACAAUUAUCUUGCCUCCUUUCAGGACAUAUGUCAACAUCCCUUUCACAGACUGGUUCCAGUUUGAGCCUCUUCUAGAGUUCUAUCCCCGUCUCAUCACCAUGGAAACAUUCAUGGAGGAACUAGCUCCCAAGUACUGGCCUGAGGAAGAGAGGAAGGGUUACUGCUGGCUUAAUCUCAAUAGUGAUUCUCCAUGUGAAAUGAAGAGAGGGAAUCCAUUUGGACCAUUCUGGGAUGGCUUUGGAAUUGAUUUUGCGGAAGAGUUUAAAUUUGAGAUUUUCAGUCAUGCUGAUAUCAGCGAUGAACAUAGAAUGACCAACAUGAAGGAGCAAUGGGAUAGAAGUUUCCCAGUCAAGGACCAUCCUGUCCUUGCAUUGAAAGGGGCACCAGCCCCCUUCCCGAUGAGAGAAGCUAACCGGAAGAUCCAGAACUUCUUUAAAUGGAACGAGAGAUUGUUUGCUGAGGCCAAACAUCACAUGGAUGAACUCUUUAACGGAGAGCCUUACGUUGGGAUUCAUCUUCGUACUGGUAUUGAUUGGGUGAAAGCUUGUGAGAGCGUGGAAGGGAUGAGACAAAUGAUGGCAUCACCACAAUGUCACAAGGUGGGGGAGGAGCCUGUUACCAAGGCAAUGUGUUACCCCACCAAGGAGAUGGUACUAGCAGAAACAAGAGCAGCAGUGGAGAAAUAUAGGACGAGGCAUGUCUACAUAGCUACUGAUAAACUAUCCUAUCAGACGGAACUACAAAAAAUGUUUGGAGAUAAGGUCAAAGUUCAUCAUCUCGAUCCCCACUUGCCGCAGAUUGACCUCAUUAUUCUUGGCCAAUCAGAAUUCUUCAUUGGUAAUUGUGUCUCAUCGUUCACAUCAUUUGUGAAGCGGGAGAGAGACGGGAAUGGGAAACCCUCAACAUUCUGGAGUUUAGGCCUUUGAUGUAGCCAUAAUCACCUCAAAACCAACAAUAAGUUGCCCAAAUGAAUUUUGGAAUUUCAAUUUAGCUUGAAAAAGCUGUAUGAAGACGAUGUAUAGCUUGUUAAUGUUGAACAAUAACCCACACAAGUAGUUGAGUGAAUACAGAAGAGAUUCUGUGAAAACUUAUUCAAAGAUUUAGGAGAAAUCAAGGUUUAAAGUUUGGGGAUCACCUAAGAAUGAGAUGUGCACACUGCAAUCUCGAUGAACCUUCCACACAGUCUGAAAAAAAAAUAUGUUGUCAAAAAAUAUUUAAUUCUGUAUUUUUGCUUAACUUUUUCGGCUUCAAAUUUUGACAGUAGGAAGAACAGGAAUGAUUCUUUCAGAUAAGCUGUUUUUCUCCUUUUUGAAGACAAAAAAGACCUUGUGCAUAUGCCGUCACAACCUCAUACUGAUUUCUCUCAGAGGAAAGCAUGUAAUUGUAAGCGGAGUUUUCAGAGAUGCGCCAGCAGCAGAUCCCCAAUGCAUUCAAGCCAAUGGCUUAAGCCUUGAGAUGGCGGUGUGAUGAUGUUCAUGCACAAGGUCUAUUACAAUUUUAGCUAUUGAUUAAUAUCUUCCUUAGUGACUUUUUGUUGGUUUUGGGAUGGCCGGUUCAUAUAUCUUCUCGAAAAUCAUGUCUUUCAAUUUUUUUACUCUUUCUGGGACCAAUGUAUUAAAUGUGGUGAUAUUCAUCAGUGUAUGUCUCUGUUUUAGUACUCAGGUAUGAAGCAAAGUCUUUCCACUAUUUUAAUAUCUUGCGACUAUGCUGGUAUCUUGAUUAUGACAGGAUUUAUUUAUGGUACUCAUUUACAAUGAUGUAAAAUUGGGUUUAUACAUGUAGUUAGUCAUUCAUUAUAAUAUUAGUUGGUUGAAUUCCCAGAUUUGCUUGCCACUACUUAAUACAGUUUUAUAUCAUGUCAUUUAUUUGGUAUAUGCUUUUUCCAAUGUCCUCUGAGGGUAAAUGGUGAUUUGUUUUUAUUAUUGAGCUAGACCGGUAUUCUGUUCGGAUCUUUGCAUUUCACUUUGCUAUACCAAUAUGAUUAGACUAAUAUUCAUAUCACUUCUAAGCAUUUCACUUUAUCAAGACAAAUUGAUGCAAAAAAAGCAUAUCCAUAAUAAUUAUGACAUCAUUGAGUUUCAAGUCAAAUAGUGCGCAAUGAAUGUAUCUAGCAGGUAUGACUGUGUGUAUGUUAGUUUGUUCACACUGAAUGUGUGAGACAACUUCAUCAACGCACUUA